UCUUUAGCCAAUUGGGUGCCGAAGUCUGAAAGCUCUGGUUUAAUCUUACUCGGCCUAUUUGGCAUUUUGAUUGAUGCUCCUGUGGCUCCCUCCAUCCGGCAAGCUUGCUCGAAGCCAAAAAGGAGGUAGGGGGAAAACGACAAACGACUGAAGUUCAGUGUUUCUCACAUGCUCACGUACGCGUGGCUCUGAAAAGAAGAGGAUCCGAGCAUUAAGCUGCGCUCCUGUAGCUGCGCUCCUGUAGCUGCUCUGGGAGCGCGCGCCUCUCCAGGACCAUGGAUCAUAACCUCGGAGCACAUCUCCACCACACACACGUAGACUCCAUCAGCUUCGGCAUCGAUCAGAUUCUCAACAAUGCAGAGCAAGGGAGCUGUAUGAUCUCGAACCCCAGGAUGCAGGACUUGGACUACGGGCUGGGGAGCAUCGUGAGCAAUGCCUACAACACCAUGACCGGCAACUACAACUGCAACAAUACCGGCGGAUACAACAGCAAUGCGUGCGGUACUGCACCUCACGCAGGCUCGUACAACAUGAACUUUGGCAUGAAUGGGAACGGAAACGGCCUUAACGCGUCCGGGGUGAUCCGCGUACCCGCACACCGGCCUCUCAACACCGUGCACUCCUCCAUUCCCACAAGCGGCGCCACGAUGCACAACAUGGCAGGCAUGGGCUCUCUGAAUAACCUGACCGGAUUAACAUUUCCGUGGAUGGAGAGUAACAGGAGAUAUACCAAAGACAGAUUUACAGAAACGCGACUGCACAGGAGGAUAAUAGUGGCCCUCUCACCCUUCACUGUAACACGCCGUAUAGGUCACCCGUACCAGAACCGCACGCCACCGAAGAAGAAGAAGCCGAGGACGUCGUUCACGCGCCUGCAGAUCUGCGAGCUGGAAAAACGCUUUCACCGUCAGAAGUACCUGGCUUCAGCAGAGAGAGCCGCUCUGGCAAAAGCACUUAAAAUGACUGAUGCACAAGUCAAAACAUGGUUCCAGAACAGAAGAACAAAAUGGAGGAGGCAGACGGCGGAGGAAAGAGAGGCCGAGCGGCAGCAGGCGAACCGCUUAUUAAUGCAACUACAGCAAGAAGCUUUUCAAAAGACUCUGAAUCAGCCUGUAAAUCCAGACCCGAUCUGCAUGCACAACAGCUCCCUGUUCGCCCUGCACAACCUACAGCCAUGGACUGAUAACACCAAUAAGAUCAGCAGCGUCUCCACCUGCGACUAGCAAACCCCAGCUCCUCCCUUCUGUAGGCUUAUUUGUAUAAAUCUUACUCUGUAUAAUUUAAUAAUACCGGCGUCACAUUUCACCAUCUAUUUCAAUAUCACUGGGAAGCUGCUUUUUUUCCUUCACGCUUUGUUCUUGUCUCCAGUCUGAACGAAAACGGAUCCCACUUGGUAGAGUUUUAUUGGCGGACCCACACGUGCUUCACACUUUUUCUUUUGCACUUUGACUUUUCUCUGUUUUUUACGUUACACUGCGCGAGACACAAAGUCGUGGGUUUAGUUGCAACAUAUUUAUGGAAACAGGUUUCUAGCACUUAUUCUGGAUAUACCACGUUAAAAAAGAAAAACAACACUUCUUGAUUAAAAAAUAAUAAUAAUUCGGUCAUUCUGUAUAGAUUUGUUAUAAAAUGGUUUUCAUUUUUUGAUAUGCAUAGGCAAAGCAAAUACAGCAAAAGAUAUAGUCUACUUUAUACAUAUUUAGCACGCUUUUUCAGAACAUAAUUACAUAUUGUCUUUAACAUUGCUUCCUGAAAUAAAUCAGACAUAGUUAUCUGUAGCCAAACCUAUUUUAAUACCAAGAGUAUUUUCUUGAUUUGUCUUCUGGUCAGUGAGGAACCUUGUUUUGCAGUUAUAAACAGCUGUAUAUAUUACUUUUUGUCAAUUGUAUUUUGUAUUCAACAACUUCAGAAAAUAUGUGGUCAGAUAGUGUUUUAAACACCAAACCUUCAUUCCAUUUUUCUUUUUUUUUUUUUUUUAACUUAAAUUAACUUUUUUUAUGCUGAUAACCUGUAGCAAGACACAUUUUAGAUAUCAGAUUAGAUAUUGGAUUUCAUUUUCAGAAUUAAUGACAGUUUUGGUUGCAUGAUAAAUGUAUGUCCUCCUCGUUGUAUGGGGAACGUAAGUGUGUUUGUGAUAUUAACCAUAUGCAGAUGUGAGAGUGUGGUUGAAACUUUCCGUGGUUAUGGAGUAUCGUGUUAAAGUCCAUCAGCACAUUCCAAAUGCUUAAAAAUAACAAAAUAUUAAGACAUGGGAAAACCAAUAUCAGUCCAAACAUAACAAGAACCCAAUAACUGAGCAAACAAAAACUCUUUUUUAUAGACUUUUGAUUUUGUGAGAAAUAAUGUCUGCUUUAAUAAAAGUGUAACAAUACAUUUUCCAAUUUUUCCACAAGGAUAAGCUAUAAUGCAGUUGUACAGGAAACAGGCAUAGCAAAUAGCUGCAUUCCAGCUGUCCAUGGAACUAUUGCUGGUAUACAAAGGUAGUAACAAUUACAGCGUUCACCAAGCUUCCAGACAAACAGGACAUCCUUCAUCAGCUGUACAAAGAAGCUUCUGAAGCUGUAGGGGUUAUAACCAGUGCUGAUUUGUUUUCACUGGACACUUUGGGUACUAUGCUACAAUUUUUAAAACCUCUACAGAUAUUUUUUUUUUUUUUUUUUGUUUUUUUUUUUUACUAAAAAGUACAUUGCAGUAUAUGGUGGUCAGAUAUAAUGAUUUCUAUGUGAAUAAAAUACUUGAACAUUGA